AUGGGGAGUUUGGGAGAAGAAGAUCUAGAAAAGCUUGUGCUCGACUACAUUGAGUCUUCAAACAGCGUCCUGGAUCAUGUGGAGAAGUCUUCGACUGCUCUAGUAACCAUUCAGGAGAUUAUUGAGAAAAAAGGAGAAGAGGAGAAGGAAAUGGAAGAGAAGGUAAAGUGGUUUAUCAGAAGAAGAAGAUUAUCAUACAAAGGAGACGAUGAGAAGCUAGAUGUGAUGGAAAGGCUUGUUUCUAAGCUCAGAUCUGACGGCUACAAUGCUUCUAUCUGUAGAACCUCGUGGGAUUCUUCUUUUGUUGGAGGGUUUAGAGUGUUUAGGUGCGCGAGGAAGUACGAGUAUAUCGAGGUCAUCACCGGAAGCAAGAUGAAACGUAUUAUUAUUGAUCUUGAUUUCAAAUCUCAGUUUGAGCUAUUGAAGCAGACAGAUGGUUACAAGGACGUGACUCAGAUGCUUCCGACAGUGUUUGUGGCGACAGAGGAGAGACUCAAAAGAGUUGUUUCGCUUGUUUGUGGUGAGAUGAAAGAGUCAAUGAAGAAAGAAGGAAUGUCUAGACCUCCAUGGAGGACUACAAGAUACAUGCUAGCCAAGUGGCUACCUGAGAAUCGUGGAAGAGUUUUUGGUUCUAAGAAAGGAGACUGGUCUAUGUUUGAUGAUGAUGGUGAAGGGGCUGUUGAGACAACGAGUGGUGUUGUUUUGAAAACUACAUGUGGUUUUCCAAUUUUCUAA